GUACAAAAUAAAUCCAAGAUGGCAGAUGAUGAACUUGCAAUGCAUAGGCAGAAAAGGAUGGCUGAGCUGCAGGCCCAGAUGGGAGGUGGUGGUGGUCCGGGAGGUGGACCAAGUCUAGAACAACAAGAGGAACAAAGACAACGACAGUCAGAUAUGAAAAAUAGUAUUUUAUACCAAGUGCUUUCACAAGAAGCCAUAGCUAGGUUAAAAACUAUAGCAGUUGCUAAACCAGAGAAAGCCAGGAUGUUGGAGAGCAUGAUAGUUCAAAUGGCACAGCGGGGACAAAUAGGAGAUAAGUUGAGUGAAGCCCAAUUUAAGGAACUAUUAGAAAAAGUCACUUCUCAGACUCAGAAAACUACAACUGUCAAGUUUGACAGAAGGAGAGCAGCAUUAGACUCAGAUUCCGAUUAAGGUAUAGAGACGAGCAGUAUUUGUUACAAGCCACCUCUCACUCUUAAUAUGGAGAACUACUCACCAAGCUAAAUAUGGAAUUAGCUUAUUCAUUGCCAAAUAUGGAAUUUUCAUUAAGAAUAUCAAGCCACCUAUGGCAUUGUAAACACAGAAGAUUGUGUAACCUAUUAACAUGAUAAAGCCAAAUAUGUAAUAUAUUGCAAAAUGUGGAUCCUUCAAAUAUGGAAUACUAGUAUGGAUUACCACUCAUACUUAUUCUAUUGCCAAAGGACUAUCUAGUAAAGGAUAUGGAUAACAAGUGAGUGUCUAAUACUCUGGACUGCUCAUAUAUCUUCUCUGUUUCAUCUAUACUACUAU